UGCAAAAUUCGCCCAUAAAGUUAUUUAGUAACAUCUACUUCAGAUAUCACGCUGGAACUAUGCAUACAAUAAAUUGACCAUUCAGUUAGAAAACUUGAUGGUAGUCUCGGUCUUUCACAGCAUGAUUUUUUGAUAUAGAUCUAUUACACUCAAUCAAACCAUCCAAAAAGAGUUUUUUUAUUAAGCAAUUGAAAACCAAACUAUAAAGUCAGAACAAAUAAAAACAGGAAAAACACAAGAUGCCGACGACGUGCUGCAAGGGCCCUGGAUUCCCUACUCCGAAGGAUGCGGCGACGAAAGGGGAGAGGGAGAGGUUGUUGUACGUGGUGUGUGUCCGAAAGAGUGAGGGAGGGGACGAAGCUACCCCCGACUACAUCGCAACUGUCGACGUCGACCCCCAGUCGUCCACCUACUGUAAAGUGAUCCAUCGGGUGAUGAUGCCGAAUGCGGAUGAUGAGUUGCACCACACGGGGUGGAAUGCCUGCAGCAGCUGCUUCGAGGACUCCUCCCAGGCCAGAAGGUUCCUGGUGUGUCCGGCUGUGAACACCUCGAGAGUCAACAUCCUCGACGUCAACACAGACCCGAGGGCGCCCACUCUCUACAAGGUGGUAGGUCCUGAAGUUCUGGAGUCAGUUGACAGGACAAAUCCACACACUGUACACUGUCUGGGGUCAAAGCAGGUCAUGCUCAGCACCAUGGGUGACAAGAAGGGAAACGGAAAAGGUGGAUUUGUUCUGCUGGACAACGAGAAUUUUGAAUUGGACGGAGUGUGGGAGGCGGAGGGGGAGACGACUCCAUUUGGGUAUGACUUCUGGUACCAGCCCAGACACAAUGUCAUGAUAUCGACCGAGUGGGGAGCCAUGACGUACGCACUCAAAGGAUUUAACCCCGAGCAUGUGGCAAACGGCUUUUAUGGUUCGUCUCUGCACGUUUGGGACUGGGAAAAAAGGACAAAGGUCAAGACGAUUGACCUCGGAACCACAGAUGGCAUGAUGCCACUGGAGAUCCGCUUUUUCCACGAACCCACCCGUGCAGAGGCAUUCGUGGGCUGUGCCCUCAGUGGAACUGUGUUCUACAUCUACAAAGACCAGGAAGGAGAGUGGCGAGCGGAUAAGGUGAUCUCGGUGGGUGCACUGAGCGUGGAGGGGUGGGCGUUGCCCCAGAUGCCAGCUGUCAUCUCUGACAUCCUCAUCUCAAUGGACGAUCGAUUCCUCUUCUUCAGCUGCUGGAUGCUGGGAGAACUCAGACAGUAUGACGUCAGCGACCCAUUACAUCCUAAACUAGUCGGAAAGGUGCGAAUCGGGGGGAUCCCAUCAUGCUCGCCUGGACUUAAAGUACUUGACGAGGGAGUGGAACCCUAUGAGGAGACAGUGGUCAAUGGGAAAAAGAUUGUAGGAGCUCCUCAGAUGAUCCAGCUGUCACUUGAUGGAAAGAGGAUGUAUGUGUCCACGUCUCUCAUCAGUGCAUGGGACAAUCAGUUCUACCCAGGCCUCUCCAAGAAAGGGGGAGAUAUUCUGCAGGUGAGUGUGAAUACAGAGGAAGGGGGGCUGAGAUUGGACCCCUCGUUCCACGUGGAUCUCAGUGGGGAGCCAGGGGGACCGAGUGUGGCACAUGAGAUGCGCUAUCCGGGGGGAGAUUGCAGUUCAGAUAUCUGGCUCUAAUCUGACCUCUCGAUCACCGGCAAAAAAUCCUUAUUGAACCAGAAUUGUAUCUGAAAUACAAACUCUGAAACAAAUAAAUUUUCUACAAUGAAUUGAAAUCAAAAGCUGAAUAAUUUACUGAUAAUUUGUUAAUUUGUACAAUAAUUAUUUAAGGAAAAAUCCUGGUAGCUAUCGUUAUGAUUGACACCAUAAAUCAUGAAAAGUGAAGAAGAUACUUUUCAUAUUAGUUCGUAUAUUUUAUAUUGUAUGAAUUCAAUCGCAACAAAA